GGUUGAUUUGCGACAGCCUUCCCAUUCGUCCACCGCGACUGAAGAGCACCGACCACCCCUCACUCUGAACUCACUCCAAAUACACCUCGCCUCCUCAUCUUACUUGCUUUGUCUCCUUGACCGCCCUUGACCGCACUUGACCGCACUUGACCGCACUUGACCGCACUUGACCGCACUUGACCGCGCCUCACCACGCACAUGCACAUGACCUUCAUCGCGAAACCAGAAAGCCGAUAACGAUUUUCCUUAUCGAUUGAACAUCAACAAACGCACCGCGCUCCCCAAUAUAAUUCAUUCUUCACUUGUAUUAUUGUGAUUCGAGUGUGUUAUUUAUUUCGAUUUUGUUUGGUCCUCUUUUAAUCCUUUCUCGUGUCUCGUUUACCCCGUCUUGUUCUUCACGUUCUCCCCGACCAGAGAAAAGGAAAAGAUCCAUCGCAAAAGGUUAAAGGUUAAUAGUUCUCUCUUCUCUUCUCUUCUCCUCUCCCCCCCUUCCCCCUCCCCUCUCUUCCCCCCUCUCGUUCCCCUUUCCUUUCUUUGGUAGUGUGAAUCGCGCAAAGGAAAGGAAAAACGUGGUUGCCGAGAACGACCGGGGUUUCUUGGUCCUUUGUGGUUGGCUGCGCGCAUCGGACCAACUGGGCACGACGAAAACGAUUUCCGUUCACUUGUUCAUCAAUGAAUGAACCACCAUUUUGGAGAGUCAAAAGAUCCAGAGACUCGUGUCAAAACUCGCGCAGAAUACGACGCGGUACUCUUUCAUCGAUUCAGGUUUUAAUUAUCAAUUAUCAAUAACCUGUACGUGAAGUUGUAUGUGAAGCUGCACCCACCCACCCUCUAGAUCAGCGCUAGAUUGGUCUUGUUUACCAUCUCGAUUUUUGGGGGGAGGUCUCUUUCGCUAGUUGUACCUUGUCUUGUCACCACCAAGUCGCGUCGCGCUUCAACACCCUCAUCCACUCUCUCAUUCUCUCGUGUCGAUAUAAUUUCAAUCUCUACAUUGCAACUACCAAUUCGCAUCACCAUUGACGAUUCACUGGUUUCGCCAUAUUUCCAAUCGAGAUCCACAGAGCAAAACACCAACGGGAAUUCUGAAUGAAAGUCGCGUGUUCUUCGAUCAAAACAACAGCACAAAAAGAGAGAGCCGCAUCGACAACUUCUAGCUUUCCACCCACCAGCAUCCCAACAAAACAAAACAAUUCCUGUUUCGCGCUUAUACCUUUUCAAUCAACCAAUUCCAUUGCUUGCUUUUAAACGGUGGCAACCGAGAGUGCAAGUGGCCAAAUAUCGAGCGAACCCUUGAACCUGUACCUUCCUUGCCUUUUGAAAUCGUAAGGCUGCAACUCAAAUUCUUUGUCGCAUGUCGACGAGGCUGCGCCGAGGAUUAAAAUAAAGUAUUCUCAGGCAACUUAAAUAUUCCCUCGUCGCAACAAAUCCAUCCAUCUUACAAUCAAAAACCAAACCUAUCCGAAAUCAUACAAGUUUUUCAGGAACCAACCGAUACAUUCGAUCUUGUCGCAUUGCUUUCUUUUCCAUCUCUUCAACUUCAAAUACUAGCCCAGAGCUAUCUUUUUGUCAAUUUUGUCGCAAGCAAUACCUCUGUGAAUAGAGGAUCUCUGUCUGUUGAUGGCCGUUAUGACCACCCAGCAUUCAGAAGAUCUAGCUUUGGAGCAAAAGGCAAUACCCGUUCCAUCAUCUGAUACGAUGGCUUUGGAUCUCAAUAUCAACGGAUCUUCUACUCGAGAUGAUACCAAAACUGAAGAACAACAAACAACCUCUGACAAUGAAUUGAAAAAAUCUCUCGCGCCCGAAGCCACCAAUUCUGAAUCUGCUGAAAACACCUCCACAUUGAAGUCUGAUGGAGACUUAAAUGUAGAAUCGCAUGCCAUGAACAAUUCCAUUCCUCAAUCCACAUUAGCUGAAUCGCAUGCGCAAGAUUCUCCCGAGAGUCAAAACGUAUCUCAACUUCAAGACUCGAAUACAACAACUGCUUCCGAUGAACCUCCAAAAGCAACCCAAGAACCAGAACGUACUGUAUCCGAUCUCCCCACACCAGCCGAUUCAGUACCCGAGGCUGCCAACGAUACUUUCGCAACUACGGCUGUUCCACCUAUUGUGGAAGCCCCUAUGUCCGAUCUGCGCGAUGAAGUAUCUCCACUUACUCAAGUACCGGAAACUACACGACAACUCUCAUUGCCAGCUUCAGAGAACAAAGCAGCAGAGUCAUUGAGUUUGGAACGAGAGACUUCUGCGCCAAUUCAAGAGACGAAAGCCGAAAGUGUUGACGGGAUGAACCUCAGCUUCGAUGCGCCUCGUCCCGAUCUACCCCCAUCAUCUCCCAACAAUGCACCGCCUUCUAUUGACAUGGAUCUUUCUCCAAAGCCGGAGCAAGCAACUGCCAACUCGACCCAAGAAUCCGCGGCUGCCAACCUUGGUACAAGUGAUGUUGAUAUGACGGAUGCGCCCGCACAACCACAGGCCACAAAGGUUGCUCGUGAGCGAGAGGAUGAUGGCGAAGAAGAACCAUUAGCCAAACGCACCAAGACCGAGGAAAGUGAGGAACCUCAAAUCCCUUCGCACGUCGGCACCCCAGCUCCUGCGCAGAACGGAGUAACUACAAAUGGUGUGUCGUCCUCCCAUGGCAAUGCGUCGCGCCCAAUCACUCAACAUGAGACCAAGGAGAUUGUUAAAAUCAUCAAAAAUGUCAUCAAGACCGCAGCUGGAAAGAAUUUCAGAGCUCCAGUCGCAAUUCUUUGGCCUGGGUUUGCAGAUGCUUAUGCACAAAAAGUCAAGAAUGAGGUUGAUCUGAGUGGCAUGGAGAGGAAGAUCAAGAAUGGCGAAUACCCUUCAAUUCAAGCCAUCAAAGAUGAUGCCGUGCUUCUCUACGAAAACGCCAUUGCUUUCAAUGGUCUUGAUAAUCCCAUCACGGCCGCCGCUAAUGAUGUGAAGACAUCGAUUAUCACCAAGCUAGGAAGUCUACCACCUGAGCCACCAGCCCAUGUUGCCAAAGCCCAGGUCAAGAAACCUAAGCGUCCCACGCCUUCUCUUGACACUGCCGCUCGCACUCCUGCUGCUAGAAGACCAUCUCGCGGAUCCACUGGCGCUGCUGUACCAAUGAGUGCCCCAGCCCCAACUUUUGCUCUUGAUCCUGUCACCAGUACACCAUUAAUUCGUCGGGAUUCAACAAAAGAUGGGAGGCCAAAGCGUGAAAUUCAUCCACCAAAGAACAAGGAUUUACCUUACUCUUCUGCAAGACCUAAGAGCAAGAAGUAUUCUGUCGAGCUCAAGUGGUGUGAAGAAACGUUGAAUGAACUGAAGAAGCCAAAAUACUUGGCAUUCUCUGGCGCUUUCAUGGAUCCUGUUGACCCUGUCGCAUUGCAAAUUCCCAAUUACUUUACUGUCAUCAAAUCGCCCAUGGAUAUCUCCACUGUUUCUGAAAAGUUACAAAAUGGCGCCUACACGAGAGCGAAGGAGUUUGAACAAGAUGUGAAACUCAUUUUUCACAAUUGCUACAAGUUCAAUCCAGAAGGCAAUCCCGUCCGUCUCAUGGGUCGGCAGUUUGAAGAUGUAUUCAAUGGACUAUUGGCUAGGAAGGAUCGAUGGAUCGCUGAUCAUCAACCCGUUGCUGUGACUCCCGAUAGGGAUGAAGAGAGCGAGGAGGAAGAGGAGAGCGAAGAUGAGCCAGAGCCCGCUCAAGAAGCAUUGCAAGGUGCUGCUACGGCCCGACUUCUCUUCGAACAAGCCAAGCUUAUUGAUAUGCUGUCAAAACCGGAAUCCCCGGAUGCCAUUGCCUUGCAGAGGAAAAUUCUUACUUUCAUUCAAGAAACCGCCGAAAAAGAAAAGGCGGCGGCAAUUGCCAAGAAACCUAGCAAGAAAUCCAAGCCCUCUAAACCGGCUAAGAAGGUUCCCACAACGAAAAAGAGCGCUACUGGACCUCCGAAGAAAUCUGGAGGAGCUCGCAAAGAAAGAUCCUUGGGAGUUCUUGAGAAGGAAGUUAUUUCCCAAGGAAUUGGCCAGUUACCCGAUCACAUUACUGCCGAAAUCAUGGAAUUGGUCAAAGAAGCUCAUCCAGAGAUGGUGGUCGAAGAAGAUGGAACUAUUGAAAUGGAAAUUGAAUCGCUCCAAGUACAUCUUCUCUGGAAGAUUUAUGACAGUGUCGCCAUUCAUUCACCAGAAACCGUCGUCAAUGUCAAGGCUCAGUAUCAAGAUAAAAAGGAAGAGCCUCGUGCGAUUGCGAAACCUGUUCCAAAGAAGAAGAAUAAGCCCAUGACAAAAACCGAGCAAGAACGAAAAAUCGCACUGCUCAGGGAAAAGGUUCAAGAUUUUAAGAAAGGACCAGGAUCAGCUUCUCAAGAACCCAUUGAAAGCGUCGAGCAACAUACACAAGACGAAUCAAGUGGCGAUGAGUCUUCAGAUUCUGAAGAAGAGUAGUCUUAUCUUGAAUGAACCUCCAUCCUGGUUAGCGAACUUGGGAGCUCGUAUUUCACUGCCAAAUAUCGGUAUUUGUUGCGACAACUCUUAAAAAAAUGGCCUUGUCAAAAUGUACAUUAUCUUUCCCCCACACAAUCACGGGCACGUUGUACAAUACCAAAAUUUUCCAAAACUCAUUGACAUCCCAUUUGAUAUCAUGCCUUUCAUUCAUCGAUUUGCAGACUUUAUUCGAGUUUUCCACUUUCGAGGAUCUGGUAUUCAAAAUGCCCUAAAGACUCGAAGAGGAUCUGUCGAUGUAGCACAUGCUUUAUGCACUCUUCAAACUAUUCAUGACAUCAGGAAUUGGGGAAAAAAUGUGAGAUGCGACGGAGGAUUGGAGGACAGUAAUUGAGUUUUGCUUUUUGAUUUACACAUGCUGCUAGUACCGCUUUCAUGCGUGCUAAUACCGAAACUUGAUCGAUCGUUGGUCAAUUUACUCUUUUAUUUUGAUAGGAUGGCCUUGAUUUAGUUGCUUGAUUACCUCGCGCACUUUGAUUCAUUGUUGUGGCGAGUGAUGGAAGGGGGUGGUGGAAGGAAAUGGUAAUUGAGAGAGGUGAUUGGGAUGAAGUGUACGAUAUCAAAGAUGGGGUGGAUAAUUUCUUUUUGCGAAUGUGCACGCAAGAAAUGAAUUAUUUGGUGAAGAACGUAGGUGGUCUGACGAGCGAAGGAAAGCAGAUGUGAUUCAGAUGAAUGCUAGGAGAGGAGUUAUCAACAAAAUAUCAGAUCAGCGAAUUGAGUGAAAAUGAAAGGAAGAUUGAGCAAACAUACAUACCCGUUCUACUCACUUUACUUCGCGCCAUGCGGGGGUGAGUAGUUGUAGGGAGUUUGAUCAAACCUAUCCCAAUAAAAAUCAUUUUA